CGAUUUUUAUAUGUGCUGAAUUGUAAAAUAUUGAUACAAAUAUGUUAUAAUAACACACAAUAUGCAAGAAAAAUGAUACAUUUAAGACGAAUUUCAUAAAAUACAGCAAAUAAAAAUUAGAGCCCCGAGCCGAUUGUGACGAAGAUAAUUCGUAAUUAUUUUCCGACAAUAACCGAUGCAUUCGUCUUUUUAGUAAGUGUUCGUGUGUCGUAUGAAUCGAUAUCGCUGCAGGAAUUUCAAAUGAUCCGUUAAACUAAAUUUAGAUUCACAUCGUACAUGCAUGAUAUACAUGCUGGCGAAUUCGGCUGUACAGCCUUUUUCGAUUUCAGAAUUAAAUAUCUGGCUUAUUUAGCAUUUUUCGACACAUGUUCUUCUUAACUUUUAUUUUAGUUUAUAUUGAAAUAUAUGUAUAAUAAGUUUUUACACAUUUUAUAUUAAUAAAUAAAUAUUUGACAAGAUCGUAUAUACCCGCUUUAAUACGCGUGCACAUCUGAUGAAAAAUACACGGACACAGAGAUAUGGCGUCGACGCGUGAAAAUAGUAUGGAAUUAAAAGAACUUCUGCCAGCCGGGAUUUCCGAAAAAAAUGACACAGGGCAAAAUUCAGAAACGGUACUUACAACUGUAACAGACCACGAAGGACGACCACUUUCAGAAGAAAGCGAUUCAGAUUCACCCGAUAAUUCUGUGCAAUCUUCGAAAUUAAGUGUAACAGACCACGAAGGACGACCACUUUCACCCGAGAAUUCUGUGCAACGUUCGGAAUUAUGCAAAAGUUUUAGAUUAGAGAUGAGUAACUUACACUUAACCAUUGAACGUCAGUCAUCGUCACGAAGGUCUUCGCGUUCUCAAGAAACGGCAGCAUCAUCUGCUUCAGAACCUACGAUACUCUCCAGAUGCUUUAAAUGUUGCAAGUCAGGACAACGAGCUCAAGAGGAGGGAUCUAGGAAAAGAAGCCUUCAAGCGCUGCCGAUAAACAUGCGUCCAACCAGUAAAGGUACGCCUCAUUACUGUGUACAAUGUGAUGUCUGCAAUGUCGCUCCAAUACGGGGAACUCGCUGGAAGUGCAGUGAUUGUCUCGACUAUGACAUGUGUUCCACCUGCUAUGAGGAAAAAAGAGAACAGCACGAUAUGUCGCAUCCGUUCAUAAAAAAGGAACCUCCUGCAUUUUAUAAGAAAAUAUAUAAAAGUGGGUGCAUCAAUUUUAUGAAAGGCAACGAAAGGGUUCGCAAGCCCGACGUAAUGGAAAUGUUCGGGAUACAGCUCGGGAACGAAAUUCACGAUGCAGAAUACAUCAAGAUAAAUGCUGAUGCUGGGGACAAUGAAAGUAUUCUGCAGCAAGUGGCGGAAGGAGUUGUUGACAAGCUGUGGUGGUAUGUUCGUCAUAUAAAUCUUCUGCUGUCAGUCACUGACGGUGCGGAUGAGUUGGAUGAAGACGGUCGUAACGCAUUCACAGACGGCCUCAAAAAGAUGUUACAAGGAACAUGUAUGGUGACUGUCGGAACCAACGAUGGAGUGACACAACUUGUCGGAGACGCUGUAUCUGUUUUCAACAAAAACAAAAAAAGAUCUUUGUUAAGGGAGAGAUAUUGCCCAACAAUUGGAAUCGUCUGUAUGGACCGCAUACAGAAUAAAGAUACAUUAAAGUUAACAUACUAUAGUAAAUUAUAUUAAAUAGGCUUAACAUUUACAAAACUUAAUUCCCUCGAGUUUUAAUGCAGUGCAGGAAAUAAUUAGUUCUUGCAAAUACAAGUGACACUUUCAACGAAAAAAGGUAACGCGACCUGUGGCGUAUGUAACAGUAACCAACUGAAAACAACUGAGAUGACUGACAUCAAACAACAUCGCAAAAGCCGCUGGCAUUAUAACGGAUACACUACCAGACGUGCAUUGACGACAUGAAUUCAAUACUGCUCAUAUCUUAAUUUAACAACAUCGGCAUUAAUGAAUGUGGAGCAAAGAGUAUUUAUCGCGAAUCAAUUAUUAUUGAGAAAAAAACAACAACAACUAAGUAUCAGGACAUAUGCACAUGUUGCUUUAAUUGUCUCGGAUAAUUUAGUUUUGUGAGCAAAAAUAGAACACUUCACUGUUUUGAUAGAUUGUUUCUUUAGAACAUUGCUUCAAGGUACAUACUCGCAAAAACAUAUUGGGUUCUUAGCUUGACCAGAAAUGCAGGCGUUAUCUUUAUAUAUAUGGAACAUUAUCACCAUGUAGAUUGAGUGUUAACGCCCACUUGUCUGUUAUAAAAGACAAGCGCGUUAUUACCUAUAAAAGGUAACAACAUUGGAAUGGAAAAUUCAAAGCAUUUGGGUUAUAAACCGUUUGAUCGACGCGUCGAUUCUCACACUAAGCCCAUAUUAAAUCACUAACAUGCAUGUACAUACAUCAUAACACGGUAUUCAAAUUAAAAAGCAAUAAACUUAAAUUUGAUUUAUUAGCAAAUAAAUAAUUUCAUUGGUUUAAUUUGCACCAGAGUAUUAUUAUAACAAUUUGCUGAGACACGAUGCAAAUAUCAACCAAAUUCGUUUAUGUUUACAAGUUUUGAGAGAGAAGCAUAUAUAAUAACACCAGAUCAUUGUAAUGAAUCUCAGGAAGAAACCAUUUUGCAGGGUGUAAAAAGCACAAUAACAUUAUUCGCUUGUAUAUGCAAAUACUACAAUGACACACACCAUAUUGUUAUAUUAGAAAUUAAUCAUAAUUACUGAUUUAUGUUAAAUAACCAUUUUUUUUAAACAUCAAAUGUUUUUUAUUACCAUUAUAUACAUGUACAUAAUACAUAUAUUGUUAUUUGUGUGCUUUUCCUCUGUUUAAUAACAAUACUAUACAAACAUACACGUUCUAUG